GUAAUUAAAUUCUUCAGAUGAGAGCUUCGUUCCAGAAGAUUUUUGCUACUAUCUAAGCUGCUGACAGAGAGAGCAGAUCACAAGCAAUUUGAGAUCGAAACUAGAGACUGAACCCAAAAUAGCUGCUAGCUUGGGACUGGAACUACUUUUGAAUUUGAAUUUUUCCCAAUAGGAAAAAGAAGUUGAAAAUAAUGGGACAAAGUGGAAGAUCAGACGACACUAGUGUUGCAAUUAAUAUCGAAUCACUGUUAUCUUCCCUGCAAGCUGAUUUGAGCAAUGCUCGUCUGUCCAUGCCACCAAGCUACUGCAUAUUCAAAACCCCAAGCAUACUCUCAAGGCACAGAGAAAACUCAUUUCUUCCCAAUUGCUUUUCAAUUGGGCCUAUGCACCAUGGAAAAGAGAAUUUGGCAGCCACAGGUAAAAUCAAAAUCAAGUACUUGAAAGGUCUUCUGUCCAGAGUGAUUACAUUUACAAGUCCGGGUACAAUGUCAAAAAAAGCUAGCAAGAUUGAGCACCAGAAGAUUUUAACUGAUUGCAUUGCUGCCGUUAAGUCGAUUGAGAAAGAGGCUAGUGAUUACUAUGCAGGACAUGAUUAUGCAGCAGAAUUAGGGGAUGAAUUCGUAAAACUAUUGGUGCUCGAUGCUUGCUUCAUUAUUGAGCUAUUCCGUAAGGAUGCUGCAGAGAUCACCAAAGAGCAGGAUGACCCAAUUUUCUCCAUGUCUUGUAUGCUCCAAUUUCUGCAUCAUGACUUGAUUUUGCUAGAAAACCAGAUACCCUGGUUAGUACUUGAAACCUUGUUUGAAAAAACCAAACUCCCUUCCGAAACCAAAUCCCUGGUUGAACUUGCCCUUCAUUUCUUUGCUAACAUGUUUUCAUCUCAUCCAUUUCGAAAUAAAACAAGCCUUUUUAAGGGCCAAGAUAUCAAGCAUAUUCUUGAUUUGUUAAGGUUAUCCUUGGUUUUACCCUCGGAAGAAAUAAAAAACAACCCACGAUCUGGAUGGCAGCCUAUUCAUUCCGUCACUAGACUCAAAGAAGCAGGUGUGAAAUUCGUGAAAGUUGCACCAGAUAGCAUCUUGGAUAUAAAGUUCAGAGACGGUUCUCUUGAAAUUCCAUCCCUGCUAAUUCAAGAGACAACAGAAACAAUCUUACGCAACCUGAUUGCCUACGAGCAAUGUUUGCCACAUUGUCCGCCAAUUUUCACUUGCUACGCCAAGCUCUUGGAUAACCUCAUUGACACCACCAACGACAUGGAUAUACUAUGCAAGAGGGAAAUUUUCGAUAACUGGUUGAGUCCUGAGGAUGCAACCCAGUUUUUCAAUAAGCUGUACAAUGACACUUACGUCAAGGUAUUCUAUUACUCUAAACUUUGCGAUGACCUGAAUCGUCAUUGCAAACGGGGUUGGCCUAGAUGGCGUGCUUACUAUGUGCAGAACUACUUUACCAAGCCCUGGGCCAUUGCGGCUCAAAUUUACGCUGUCAUCAUGUUCGUUCUCACCUUGUGGCAAACCUAUAUCAAAAAGGGUUGAUGAUUUU